AUGGGACACUAGUACCUUGAACAACUCUUUUCCAUCUUUCCCUUUCUCCCUUUUUCCUCUCUCACAGUAAUGAUGAAGGGAAUGGAGUUGUUGUGUUCUUCCUCUGCAUCCACAGCCAUAGCCUCUAGUGUGCACCCUCGUUCCAAAAGGUACAGCCAUUGCUCAUCACAAUUGCCAAUCAUUCCUAAGAAGAAGAUCAGAAGGAACUCAUCAUCAGAAGAUCAUAAGCUACGAAGAAAAAGCUCUGUUAAUAAAGUUAAGAAACUGUACGGUCAGCAUUGCUCUUAUGCUGAUGAUUCACCUACAGGAUAUCUACUCAUUGAUGACACCACAAGAAUGGAUGCUUGCAACCUCAUCAUGAACAAACAAGAUGAUACCGCAGUCGUUGCUACCACGCAUGACCAGGUUGUGGUUUUGAGGGUGUCAUUGCACUGCAAGGCAUGUGAAGGAAAGCUUAGAAAACACAUCUCAAAAAUGGAAGGAGUGAAAUCUUUUAACAUAGACAUGGAGGCAAAGAAAGUAACAAUCAUGGGACACGUGACGCCGUUAGGAGUUCUGGCAAGUCUCUCCAAGGUCAAGAAGAAUGCACAGCUGUGGCCAUCUCCAACAUCAUCAUUAAUAUGAUCAUCAUCCUGUGUUUGCUUGUUUUUAAAUUUUAAUGUGAUAUUGGAAGAAUUUAAUUUUAUUUGUUCGAUGUAUGUGGCUUAAUGUAAUGCAGAUUUUUGUUCUUGUUAAGUU